GUCCUGCAAGAACAUGGAUUAAAGCAGGGAUGAAAGCCUUAUCCCAGCUCAGCAGCCUUCUGUAGAGACCAUUUAUAAAACCUGAUUUACCAUGCAGAGAAAUUAGGAGAUCUGGAUAUAGCUUUCCAUCAGACAGACACUUUGUUAUGUGCUUCACAUUAACUCAGAGAAUCAUUCCUCUAAAGGCAACAGAGGUUCUUACAUGCUUACCCCACAUCUGAACACCACUUGUGGCCCUACUGCCAUCCUGGGUGACCUGGAUUUAGCUUGUGAGGAGCUCAUUGUACCAGGGAUUCCUGGGCCAGAGCAUGCAAUCAGUUUGCAGGGAGCAGUCGCAGCAACAGGAAAGAUGCAGAAGCACAGUCAGAAGGAACACCUCUACAAGCUGCUGGUGAUUGGGGAUCUGGGAGUGGGCAAAACCAGCAUCAUCAAACGCUAUGUCCACCAGAACUUCUCCCCCCACUACCGGGCCACCAUCGGUGUGGACUUUGCCUUGAAGGUCCUCAGCUGGGAUGCUGAGACUGUGGUACGGCUGCAGCUCUGGGAUAUUGCGGGUCAGGAAAGAUUUGGAAACAUGACCAGGGUCUAUUACAGAGAGGCCAUGGGAGCGUUCAUUGUCUUUGAUGUUACAAGACCCGCAACAUUUGAAGCAGUGACAAAAUGGAAAGAGGAUUUGGACUCUAAGCUGGUUCUUCCAAAUGGCAAACCUGUGCCGACAGUCCUCUUAGCAAACAAAUGUGAUCAGGGAAUAGAUGUUCUUAUGAACAACGGCAUCAAGAUGGAUCAGUUCUGCAAAGAAAAUGGGUUCGUGGGCUGGUUUGAAACAUCAGCCAAGGAAAAUAUAAACAUCAAUGAAGCUUCCAGAUGCCUGGUGAAACACAUAAUUGCUAGUGAGAGUGAUCCAGUUCAGCCUAUUGAACCAGAUAUUAUAAAACCACACUUGAAUUCCAGCAAGAUUGUCAAUUGUUCAGCUUGCUUUAAAUCCUAAGAGACUUCCAGACUAUUACAAGAGCUGAGCAACUAUGACUCACAAUGUAUACUGUAUCCAAAUGUACCCAGCCUGCACAGAUUUUCCAUAAGCAAAUUUCAGUUAUCUCAAAAAUAUACUUAAAGUUUUCCAGAAAUUUUUAACAGUUAAAAUAUGUUGUGAACUGUUCAUUGAUAGAAACUACUCAAAACUGUCUGACUACUAGUCAAAUAAGUCUCAUAGUGAUGGCUGUGUUUUCCUGGUUGGGUAGCACCACCACUGAUAUCAAAAUCUAUUUCCUUAUGAUGUGGUUUUUGAAAUCUCGUAUUUGUGAUGUGACUGAAGCAACACCCUACUUAUCCCUUGGUCCUCCAGCCCAUCUUCUCAAUUCUCUGACCAGACAACCACCAUUACACUGUUUUGUCCCCCAUUACAGUUGAAUAAUCUUGUUUCGUAUGAGGAAGGUGAUGAUGGCAAUAUAGCUGUUCAGGAAGGGGCAACAACACUCGCAGUGAAAUAUUGCCAAGUUCAGUCUCCUGGAUGAAGUGGUAAGGUUGAACAUGAAACAACUUUCCAUGUCAUUCAAUUCCCCAGAACAUCUCAGCUUGUGAAACUGAACGUGAGUUAGUUUUUGCUGUCCCUCCCUGAGGAGUUACAUUCUCAUAGUUGUUAUCAUUAUCUUCAGAUGAAGCAAAAUGAAACAAGUCAAGGGUGAGAGGUUACCAAACAGGAAAUCAGGGGUAUAUUCUCACAAGUGAAGUGGCUGAGAGUUUUCAGAAAGGUUAUCUAUUUCAGAAAGCCAUCAUCUCCUUAAAAAAAGAACUCCAUAAUUUUGUUCUUGCCCCUCCAUCCAUGUAUGUUGUCCCCAUGUGUUUAAACUGUACUCCAAAAGCCCCUGAAUGCAACCUCCCCAUUAUGUUGAUUCUCAUGGGAAAAUAUACAAUAACAUAACAGAUGAAUCUUUCAGGAAUACAUCUUUGUUGAAUAGCAGGGUAUUUGUUUUUGAAGAACA